CACCGCGUAGAGCGCACAUCGGGAGAGCAGGAAUUCACUGUUAGGGGUCCACGCUGGCAAACAUGGAAUCAGCUGAAGCCAGAUGAAUAAAGGCUCAAGAGCGCAGCAUGGCAGCCUGGAAACUCGCAGCACGGCGCAGGCAACUACAGACGAGCGCUGCAAUCUUCGAGGCUCGACCUGAACACGGCUCUUCGUCCAGUGGCCGCUUCCCCCUGCUUGCUGUGCUCGUUCCGCCCCUGCUGCAGCUCGGCAUCGCCAGGACACCGCCUGGGCCGAUCCUCGGUGCGCGCCACGGGCCAGCGGGCCGACUGCGGGCACGUGCUCGGGACAGGGCAGGCGCUGCAAGAGAAGGGCAGGGGCGCGGCUGCGACGGCGGGGCCCGCGCGCCCCGCAGGCGCCUCGCGCAGGAGGGCGCCGACGGUGCUGCCGCAGCCGAGCCGCGCUGAAACGGAUGCGCGGCAGGGAUGCGGGGGCCCUGGAAGGCCACGUCGACGCUUUGCGAGCGGGGCGCGGCCGGCGGAGGCGGCCGAGGACGGGCCGAAGGGGAGGGGUGCAGGGGCACCCUCGGGAAGUUGCUCCUCCUGACGGUGCGGGUUAUAACUGCGCACCUGUCCUGGCCGGGCCCAUCCUGGGCCCAGGAUCGGUGCACACACGCCACCCUGCCUGAGCCAGGGAGGCCUUAGAAGAAGAGCAAACUGCAUUCGCAUGGCCCUUCGGGGGUCCGCGCGGACUUCGUCGAGCGGCACUCGGACCGCUCUGGUGGCGCCUCCGGCGCCGCUCCUGGCGCGCUCCGCGCGCCAGGGAAAAGGGGGGUCCAGCGCCGCUGCCAAAAGUCCGCGCGGGCCUCCAAACAGCGUAUAUUUGUGCAGUUUGUCUCUGAGUCGAGGCGCA